AUGCCCCACUCUUACCCAACACUCUGCUCAGUUCAGAAGCGGAAUUCAUGCAGUUUCAAAGCAAGGAUAGGCGGUUAUAUUAUUACGAAGGACGGUAAGGUGGCACGAAGGCGGUAUUGUUGGAUGGAGCAAUACAUAGAAUCAACCUAUAGUGACUUUCAUGGCGUCCUGUAUCAUCUUGGGGAAUUCAUGGAAAUCAAUCUAUCUUCGGUACCCCUCAAAAGAUGCUUUUGCGAGUCCAGGAUUGGCGGAUACGAUCUUCCUGACUUCGGUAUAGAUCAUUAUACAGAUGGAAUACGAAGGAGAAGUCAGUGUGGUCCAGACCCUCAUGAUUUCCUCUUAUUGAAAUGCUCGCACACUUCAAUAGAUGAUCUAAGACCAGUAGGUGGAGUCGGGGCAGCUUGGCCUCUGAAAAAUUGCGCAAAGCUAAACGUGCCAGAGCUUCUGAACGAUGUUAUGGUAGACAUGAGAAACAACCCAUUGGCAAUUAUUCAAUUAGUCCAUGUAGUAGACGGAAGUCAAGUUGAGUUAAUUUUCAUCAUGUUGAGCUGGAUAAUAAAUCUAAUGGUUGCGGUCCUUGCUAUGUCAUCUACCCUACUGUAUUCUAAGAUUGAGCAUUGUGUGUUCAGAAUGGAAACAGGAGGUCUAGCGCUUGCAAACCUUGCUAUGUUGGUGAUAUUAGACGCAACAAAAGAAGAGAGGCAAGCCAAAGAAAGACAAGGUGACAAAUCGUCCCAGGAAAAAGUAGCCUUCAAUCUUCAUUCAAAGUUGACCUGA